UAAAAAACAUAUAUAUUUUAAAAAUAUUAUGGUAUGUCCUUUAGUAUUUUAGUUUCAAAAAUAAUUAUUUUACAGGAUUACGGAAUAUGGGAGCGAGGUGACAAAACUAAUCAUGGUCUUCCAGAAUUGAAUGCCAGUUCUAUUGGGAUGGCAAAAGCAGCUUUAGAAGCAAUGGAUGAGCUAGAUUUAUUUGGUGGACGAGGAGGACCUUCAUCUGUAAUUCAUGUAUUAGCUGAUGAAUCACAAAAGUGUCAUGCGGUGUUACAAUCAAUGUUACCAAGAGAAUCAAAUUCAAAGGAAGUCGAUGCUGCACUUCUUUCAAUUAUAAGUUUUCCUGCCUUUGCAGUAGAAGAUCCAGAAUUAAUUGCUUUAACUAGAAAUACCGUUCUUGAUAAAUUAAUGGUAGGUAUUUUAAUUAUUUUUUUAAUUAAAGCCUGAAAUUAUUUUUUUAUCUAUAUAUAUAAAAAUGAAUGUGUCUGUGUGUCUUUCAUGUAUUACCACACUGUUUAUCCGAUUGCCGUGAAACUUUGGGAAGUUGUUUAAUACACUCCCGCGAAGGUUUCUGGCAUAGUAUAUUUAUCCUACGAUAGAUGGCGUGCACGUAUAUGGGCAUUUUACUGUGUGUUCGAUCGAUUUCAAAUUGUGAAGACCAUUUCCUCUUUCCAAAAAAUAUCUCUAUAUAUGU